GACGACUUGUUUGAACACUUAUCGGAUACUCAUGUCGGCCGAAAAUCUACAAAUAACCUUUGUCUUCAGUGUCAUUGGAAUGACUGCGGAGCAACAGCUGCAAAGCGAGACCAUCUAACUAGUCAUUUAAGAGUUCAUUUACCACUCAAACCUCAUCCUUGUACUAUUUGCAAGAAGCCUUUCAAAAGACCUCAAGACCUGAAAAAGCAUGAAAGAACUCAU